AUGAGUUUUUCACAAAGUAUUUUACAUCAGAAGCUAUGUCAAUCAUCAAUAUUAUUUCAUAUUGAAAGUAAAAUAGAAAAUGUUUCAUUAAAUUCUGCUUAUUUCCUUGGAACAGUUCAUGUACCUCAAAAUCUUAUUUGGCCUUAUUUUUCAAAUGAUAUUCUCAAUAAUAGUGAUGAAUAUUGGGUAGAAAUCGAUCUUACUGAUCCUUUAUUUCGGGUGCAUGUUAAUCGAUGUAUAAUUGAUCAACUACUACCAAAACAACAAGCUCGAUUACGUGUCAAAACAUGGCCUCAAUUUCUUAAUGAUACAAAACGAAACCAUAUCAAUAAAUCAAUGAAUCCUCAUUUGAUUGCUGAAUGGAGACAUUGGAUAAUUAAUAAUGAUAUAGAAAUAUCAUUUGAUUAUUUUUGGCGUAAUCGUACAAUAACUGAUGAUACAAUUUUAGAUCAUCAUAUUAUUCUUGAGGCUUAUCGAAAAGAAAAAUAUGUUGGAUCACUUGAAAAAUUUUCAAAUACUUCUUGUGAGAAGGCAGCUCGAAUAAAUAAAUUGAAUCCAUUUUUAAAGAAAUUUAUACGUGAAUUAAUUUCUCAUUGGUAUAAUUGUGAUUGGUUUGAUGACGCAUUUAAUGAAUUUUUUGAUGAUAGUGAAACUGAUAUGAAAAUACGAAAUGAAAAAAUGGUAAAUAAUAUUCGACAAAUAUUAAAAUCAAAAGCUGAUAGAAAAAUUCUAUUUGUUGUUGGUGCAGCUCAUCUAUUUGGUAAUAAUAGUAUUAAUUCUAUGCUUGAUGAAUAUCACAUUAAACAGAUUGAUUCACCUAGUGAAAAUUUUCCUUCUGAACUCUGUACACAAGAAAUAUUUGAAGGAACGACUAAUGAAAUUAAAGCUAUUUUAAAUGAUACAAAUGUUGAAUCAGACGAUAAUGCUUCUGCUGCUUGA